ACUCAGACAUAAGCAACAGAAACCUGAGGGAACCCAGCUGGGGAGGGGCCUUUUGUCUGGAAGAAACCUAUCAGUAUCUCACCUCCGGCCCUGGGAUUAACAGCAUUUUUCUUCUUCUUCUUCUAAAAAGCCCGGAUCGCAGAGAGACAGAACACUAUUUUUACUGUCGUGAAACAAAGGAGUACAUGUUUGGGGGCUACUGUAGCCUACGCUACUGUCUUCUUCUUCUCUUCUCAGCCGCACUGGUUUAUUUCCACUGACCAGCUGUUGUUGAAAACCAGUUCUUCUCUCUCCCUUCCCUUCAUCCGAUCACCCAUUUCCACCGUCCUCCCUUUAAAGCGGAUAUCCGAUACCUCAACACUGCAAAGAUGCCCAGCUCUCUUUUUAUGGAAGACAGCGUCCAGGGAGAUGCUCUGAACGACCAAAGAGCCCUGCAGAUCGCUCUAGAUCAGCUCUCCUUGCUCGGUUUGGACAACGAGGAGAACUCCGUUUGUUUCGACAUCCAGGAAACCCGGAAAAAGAGCGUCAACAUGACCGAAUGCAUCCCGGUGCCCAGCUCCGAGCAUGUAGCAGAGAUUGUGGGCAGACAGGGUUGCAAAAUCAAAGCACUGCGAGCAAAGACUAACACCUACAUCAAGACCCCAGUUCGAGGUGAGGAGCCUGUGUUUGUGGUGACAGGCAGGAAAGAGGAUGUGGCUAUGGCCAGGAGGGAAAUCAUCUCUGCUGCCGAGCACUUCUCCAUGAUCAGAGCCUCAAGGAACAAAAACAACAGCUUUAGUCGGAGUAGCACCCCAGUCCCUGGACCACCUAACCUGCCUGGACAGACUACCAUCCAGGUUCGGGUGCCCUACCGUGUAGUUGGACUUGUAGUAGGCCCAAAGGGUGCCACCAUAAAGCGCAUUCAGCAGCAGACCCACACUUACAUAGUCACACCCAGUCGAGACAAAGAGCCGGUGUUUGAGGUGAUAGGGAUGCCGGAGAAUGUUGACAGAGCACGUGAAGAGAUUGAGGCCCAUAUUGCAUUGAGGACAGGAGGCCUUAUUGAAUUUCAAGAUGACAAUGAUUUCCAUGAAAAUGGGAAAGAUGUUGGCUUUAAUCUGCAUGGGCAGUGGUCUAAGCCCAGCGCUGAAAGGAACCCCACUUCUAUACAUAAAACCUUGUCCAACUACCGCAAUGACUCAUCCUCCUCCCUAGGCAGUGCCUCCACUGACUCUUACUUCGGUUACAACAGCUCUCACACAGCAGACUAUAGCCCUCCUAGUCCUGCACUAAGCUUCACCUCCUCAAACAACAACAACAACAACAAUAACAUCAGUGUCAACACAAACAUGUUUGUUUAUGUAAGUGAAGUUAUUUCACCUGACUGCACUGAUCAGACUUUUGACUCUUCAGCAGGGUUUGAGUCAACACAAAUUUCUAUAGACAUGCUGUGGUCCCAGUAUGAUAGUCAUAUGACCCCUUCUUCCUCUGAAGGCAGCCCCCCUUCCUCCACCUCAGCUAUGUUCCCCAGCAACACCACCACAAAUGCCAAUAGUGUGCUGGUCAAUCAGAAUAAGGUUAAUGAAUGUACUACUCAGCUUAGUCCACCAUCUCCCAUUCAAUGCCACACUAGAGGCCCCACUGAGCACCCGCUAGCACGAAGGGUGCGCAGUGAUUCAGGAGGCGGUCCACUCAGUUUCCUUGCUUACUCUACCGAUGUUGCCUCCCUGCAGGGCUCUCAACUCCAUAGGGUUGCAUGGGACUCCCCUGCCUCAUCCUCCUCUUCCUCUUCCUCCUCUUGCACAUCAUCUAGCACCAGCCGAAAAGGCAGUCGUGAUUGUUCUGUGUGCUUUGAGAGUGAGGUCAUUGCAGCCCUGGUCCCUUGUGGACACAAUCUUUUCUGUUUGGAAUGUGCCAAUCAGAUUUGUAAGAGGAAUGAGCCCAUAUGCCCUGUCUGCCACACUGGUGUCACUCAGGCAAUACGUAUAUUUUCAUAAGAAGUUCAACUCUUGACUUUUUCAUUGGCUGCAAUAGUAUCACCAGACUCUUCAUACUGCUUUAACAGCAAAACUUAUCAUCAGUUUGACAUGUACAUAGGUAUACAUGUGUGAGAAAGACGAUCACAGUGGCCAGUCGAAGUGACAGGCAUAAAUCUUGGAUCUGUGGUAGUUAAUGCUGUAGGAUGGGGGAAUAUUAUACACAUCUAAGUGCAUGUUUAAUAUAUAUGAGCAUAGAAACCAAUAGUUCUAGUAAUGUGUACUCUUUACCCCACUGUAGGGUCAAGGUGGAAAUAUUUGGGAUAAACCAGGAUGGUCCUUCCUGUUUUAUUCACACAAAUAGAGUGACAACAAUUGCUGGGAAACAUAGAGUUCCACCCAACAGGACAACAGAGUUGUAAAUAUAUUGCAGCUUAAUUGAGAGAAACCAAAAGGAAAAAUUAACACAUCCUAUAGAAUCAGUCUCUGCAAGUGGAAUGUUUAAAAUAGCAUUGAUACAGAUUUAAUUCUUCUUUUUUAUUGAAAGAUUAUAUUUCCUAUCACACAAUUGUUUUUAUAUUAUAAUUUAAGAUCAGUGAACUUUUUGUACCUUAAAUGAAAUAUUUGUGAUUUUUAGUACUGCACUUUGGCAGUGAUUUACUUUAAUAACGUGAUUUUGGGGAGGAAAUCUAAUCCAUAAAAUGUGAUCAAAUGUUCUGUUGAGAUGUUUUUAGGUAAUGAGAAAAAAGUCUUUUUUUAUUUUGUAUCAUUGAACACACACUAUGUGAGUUGAACACUAAGUGAAAAUUUCUGUCUGUCUCAAAUUUGUGUCAGUUAGAUUCUGUUGUACCAUUAGUUUAGGUUUCUCUAUCCUUCCUUUACUAUUGAAUUAACUUGUGUUUAAAUGUAUUUUAUAAGGCAAAGUACCCGAACAAAGUGUAUUUUAUUUCAUAAUAAAGGGCCUGUUACUUCAUGGUCUAAUUUUAAUAUAUUUGCUAAAAGAAUAUUUAGAGAGUUUUAUUUUUCUGGCAUUUAAAAUGGAUGGAAAUGCAAACUUAAGUAAUGGUGCUCAAUCAUAUUUUUUAAGUAUUUCUUUACACGUCCAAUAAAAAGCUAUGUUCAUGAUGG